CCACCCUUCUCCGGCAAGAUUGAGCGUUUAAAGAUGUUCCGCGGUUGCGUCAUCAUGGACGUCGAGACGCUUGGUGAAGCUCGCACCGCAGAACAAGCCGGCGCCUUCGCCGUCACCGUCUUGCAGAGCUUCGCCGCCGACAUCCAUGAAGAAUGCGCCUUAGCUCGCAUGUCCGAUCCCAAAAUCAUCAAAACUAUCAAGGAUUCAGUCAAGAUUCCAGUUUUCGCCAAGGCCCGUAUCGGCCACUUCGUCGAAGCCCAAAUCCUCCAACAAAUCGGCGUCGAUUUCAUUGACGAAUCUGAGGUUUUAACCCCCGCCGAUCAAGAACGUCACAUCGACAAACACAAGUUCCAAACCCCAUUCAUCUGCGGCUGUAAAAACCUCGGCGAGGCCUUGCGUCGUAUACGCGAAGGCGCCCUCGUGAUUCGGACGGAAGGCCAUGCCGGCUCCGGGAACGUGGUUGAGACCGUACGGCAAAUCCGAUCCAUUAUUGGCGAUAUCCAAAAGCUAAUAAACAUGGAUAACGACGAGGUUUUAGAAUUUGCGAAUUCCAUCUUUGCACCUUACAAUUUGGUGAUGCAAACAAAGCAACUAGGGAGGCUGCCGGCGGUGCAGCUGGGUGCCGGCGGCAUUUCAACUCCGGCUGAUGCAGCGCUGCUAAUGCGGUUAGGCUGUGAUGGGGUUAUCGUUGGAUCUGGCAUUUUCGUGAGUGAAGACCCAGUUGAGAGAGCUCGAGCGAUUGUUGAAGCUACAAGACAUUAUAAUGAUCCGGCUAUUGUUGCAGAUGUGAGUUCUGGAUUAGGGGAAGCAUGGGAAGGGGUGGUUUCUGAUGUCGAUGAUACGUAUGAUGAAGGGAUGGUUCGUCUUACGCUAUAA